UUCAGUAUUUUUUUUUUUCAGUUUUGCAUUUGGGUAGGGUCUGUGUCACUACUGGUUUCAUGAGGAAAUAUCUGGACCCUACAGAGGUUACACAGUUAGUCUGACAAUGGCACGUAUUGAUGUGCCAUGCUAAAGUAGUUAGAGGGUUUCCUGGGUCUCCCAAGACAGUAUCAGGAGAACGAGAGUUACUCUAGGAAAGCUGGGCAGGGCUGUAGAAGGUCCUUAACCCAUCAGCAUGACCGGUUUCAGUAAAGAACCGGGUGAGCACUGCCAGAGACCUACAAAAUGAACUCUAUCAUUCUUCUGGUGUGAAUGUUGCUGAAAAAACAAUCAAAACAAACUUCAUGAGGGUAGCAUGAGAGCCCAAUAUACACUAGUGGGCCCUGUGGUCACUGCCCGACACCAUGGAGCCCAAGUGGCAUUUGCCAAGUGGGGUUUGUGGCAGAGCCACCACUGUUAUCCUGUGCUUUUCACAGAUGAAAGCAAGUUUACUUUGAGCACACGUGACAGGUGUCAAAAUGUCUGAAGCCAUGGAUAACAUAAUGCUGCCCGUAACAUAAUUCAGCAUGACCGUUUUGGUGCUGGGUCAGUGAUGGUCUGGAGAGGCAUUGAAAUGAAGGGACACACAGGCCUCUACAGGUUAGGCAAUGGCACCCUGACUGUGAUUUAGUAUCAGGAUAAAAUCCUUGGAACUCAGCCCCUGCACUGGUGCAGUGGGUUCUGGGUUCCUCCUGGUGCAAGAGAAUACUCAUCCUUAUGUAGUGAGAGCAGGCAGCUCCUGGAGGAUGAAGGAAUUAAUUCCACUGACUGGACCCCAAACUCACCUAAAGCCAAUGGAAAACCUCUGGGUCACUGUCCAGGAGCUCAGUGAUGCCCUUGUACCCACAUCAUCCUGGAUAUGGGAGGAGAUCCCCCAGGACACGAGCCAUUAUCCUAUUGUCAGGCAUGCAUACAAGCAUGUGGCAGUAUUUUGAGUUGCUAUUAUUAUUAUUAUUUUUAUUUUAUUUUUUUUAAAGAGAGUAGAAAAUUCUUCUACAGCAACUCCACCACACAGAAAGUCAGCUGGAGAUGUGGGGAGUCCUGAUAUGGAUCGAGGUCUGCUUCUUCUUUCCAGUGACCGUGCUGUUCUUCUGCUGUGCAUGUGGUGUGGGGCGAAAAUAUCAGGUUCCUGUCAUCUAUUACACAAACCUCCUCAUCUCCAUUCUGAUCCAUCGCAGCAUGACGUUCCUUUGGUGGAGGACACUGUAUGACAACAGUGCAUCUUUCUUUUACAAUUUUGCUGUGACGACCAGUCUUUACUUCAGGUUGUGCAUUGCUCUGGAAAGGUAUUGUUUCAUCGCCUGCCCACUGUUGGACUGCCUCAGACAAACUAAGGGUUCUGUACUGGUCUGUGUUCUAGUCUGGACCUUUUGUAUUGUUAGUGUUGCUCUUGCUAUAUUUUUAAAUGAAUUUGUACGUUUAAUUAUUUAUGCCGCCCUCCCUGCCCCCCUGUUCAUCUUCUGUCUUGCUGGGACACUUAAAGCUCUGCCUGCUGCCACCUCAGUGCCCACUGAAGAAAAACGGAGAACUGUAGGAACUUUGGUUCUGUUGCUGCUUAAUUACUUUCUCAUAAACCUUCCUGCAGUCAUUCUGUUACCUGUCAGCUUGCGUCCACGUCGCCCUGAGACAGCUACUGAUUUUAUCAUUAUGAUCUUUUUUCUGCUUAGUUCAUUGUUGGACUUCAUUCUGUUUGCCUUCAUGUGUAAAGGGCCCAUUGACAGGCUGCUGGCACGUCUGUGCUGCUGCAGUAUGGAGAGCAACAACACAGGAGAUGUGACUGAUGUUAGCACAGACAGGUCAGAUCAUGUAGUCAGAGAUGAAGGGAAAGAGGAAACAGGGUCACAUGAUGGGGAAGAUGAAGAGGAAUUAUUAAGUGUGAGAUAAGUAAACACCAUCCAAAAUCUUUCUUUGGCUGAAGCCUCGGGCUGUAAGAAUUGUUUUGUUGAGUAGUUGGAUGAUGUCAGUUUAAAAGUACAAAUUGUUUCAUAAUUUCUUCUAAAGGCCCCGUGGUGGUGAGCAGAGAUGGAAGUAACGCGUUACUGUAACCUGAUUAC